UGAAGAUGCAAGAGAGCAUGCACCCGGGCACAGCCCUCAAGCUGAUAACCUCGUGCCAUGUCCGCUGUGCGAACUCAGAUUCCCAGCUUCAGAAAUUGAGCUACAUGCUAUGAAUUGUAAUGGCACUGGAGUGGACGCAGUUGAAGAUGGUCCAGUAAUGACCCGGCGACAGAGGGAAGCCAAGAGUAAGCUUGCCAGCUGCAAAAAAACCUCACAAUCUGUAGACAUUGACAAGCAUGAGAAGUGUUAUCUUUGUAAAUCUCUAGUGCUAAGGAAAGAGUAUCAGAGCCAUGUUGAUGGUUGUCUUUGUAGCCGGAAGGUUGAUGGAACCCAGAGUCAUAAGAGGCUGCGGCAUGCAAAAGAGAAGGGAAGGUGUGAAGGCCGGUUACUGAGUAUGCUAGAACAAUCUGAAAACAAGGCUGCAGAUGCAGAGAUGGCUGCUCCACCAUCCAGAAGAGAAGACUCAAGGCCCAGCUCAACAGAAAUGGACAAGGAAACAGAGGGCAACCAGAAUUCAGAAAGAUUCUUCCCUCAAGGACCCUGCAGUGACUCUCCUAUUAGAUCAUUCACUUCCAUUUCUGAAGCCAAAGACUGCCUAGUGGACUUUAAAAAACAGAUGGUGAUUAAGCCACGCACUUGGAAACAGACCAAAGCCAGCCAUCGGAAGCAAAAGAAGUGCUGAGGGUGGCAUCAUGGAGAAGACACCAAAAUAUGGACUCUACUGAGCCUACUUGGCAGAGACCUCUCAGCUCCCUAAUCAGCUCUGCUCCCUACUCAUUCUUCUGUUAAUUUUUGUAUGAAUUCUCCUAGAAUUUGUCAUGUAUCGACUAAGCGUGUACUCUAUAGGUGCCUAUUCAACCUUCCUUUGCAGUUAGACAAUAAAAUGAAAUA